AUGGCGCAAACAGACUAUAAGUUCGAAGGAUGGAUGGGUCUCGACAAGGACUCUGUUGACGGAAAGAUGGUUUGGCAGGAGUUUGAGCCCAAGCCUUGGGAGGAGACCGAUGUUGAUAUCAAAGUUGAGUGUUGUGGUAUUUGCGGUACGGACCUGCACACUCUGCGGUCUGGAUGGAAACCCACCAUGUACCCCUGCUGCGUCGGCCACGAAAUCAUCGGUGUUGCCGUGCGCGUGGGCUCCUCAGUCACCAACGGCAUCAAAAUAGGUGAUCGCGUCGGCGUCGGCGCGCAAAGUGAAUCCUGCCUAGGCCGUCUUGGUGACUGCCCCGACUGCGCCAUGGGCCUGGAGCAGUACUGCUCGCACAAGUUCGUCGGCACCUACAACAGCACCUACAUCAACGGCGGCAAGUCCUACGGCGGCUAUGCGCUGUACAACCGUGUUCCCGCGCACUUUGCCAUCAAGAUCCCCGACAGCAUCCCGCCGUCUCACGCGGCGCCCAUGAUGUGCGGUGGUGUUACUGUGUACAGCCCGUUGAAGCACGGUGGUUGUGGACCGGGUAAGCGGGUUGGUAUUAUUGGUGUUGGGGGACUGGGACACUUUGGGUUGCUUUUUGCGAAGGCGAUGGGGGCGGAGCAAGUUGUUGCUAUUUCGCGGAAGGCGGAUAAAGCGGCUGACUCGCUGAAGAUGGGUGCGGAUGUUUAUAUUGGGACUGAUGAUGAGCCGGACUGGGCGACCAAGUAUGCUCGUUCUUUGGACUUGAUUGUCUGCACUGUUUCUUCGUCGAAGAUGCCCCUGAAUGACUACAUCGGCCUCCUCAGAACGGACGGUAGCCUCGUCCAAGUCGGUCUUCCCGACGACGGCGUGCUGAACGCCCCCAUCCCCAGACUCAUGCGUCGUCUGACCGUUGGUGCUUCUUUGAUUGGUAGCCCCGGUGAGAUCAGGGAGAUGCUGGAGCUUGUGGCUGAGAAGAACGUCAAGCCCUGGAUUGAAGAGAUCCCGAUGAAGGAUGCUAACCGGGGUGUGGUGGACAUGGAGGCUGGUAAGGCUCGUUACCGUUAUGUGCUGGUUAACGAGCAGUAA